AUGUCGCGUCCCCUUAAUCCCAACCAGCGACACGCGCACUCCAUCUCGCUGGGAGCCUCCAAUUCCAACCACCGGGUCACUCGCCGCAAGAGUGUAACCACAACUGCCGCCCAUGCGGCGGCCGCCGUGGCCGCCUCGAUGGAAGGCGGAGAAUCCACCUCGCUCCCCAUGGGUGCGCACCGUCGGAGCCUAGGAGGCCGCAAGGGACUGGAAUCUGGCUCCGUGGGAAGCCCCUCGGGCUUCAGCUCAUACCUGUCUCGCAGCAUCAACAGCCCGAGCCAGGAAUCUCCGGCUCGCAAGGGUUCCCCUGGCUCGGACCACUCCGAUGACAAAGUCAAGAACCGGAAUCGCCGUGCUAGCGAGGGUGCCCAGCUCAAGGCUGAUGGAAAGCGGGCCGCGGCAGCGAUCCGCUGUGAUCGCUGCGGGAAAGGAUAUAAGCAUGGCAGCUGCUUGUCAAAGCAUAUGUGGGAACACGACCCAGCAUGGGCCGUGACUUCGAAACUUCUCAUCUCUAAGCACCAGCAAGUGCAACUGUUGGAAGCCGCCUCCGUUCUGGUCACGAUGAACCACGACGAUCCCCCCGACGAGUCCGCCGAGUUGGAGUCGGAAUUGUCCUCCGGAUCCCCCGACGCCCGGUCAGAAUUGCGAGACGGUCUGAGCUCCGCUGAAACGACACCACCCCCGAUGGACGAGGAAGACGACUUUGAGAUGUCGGGCAUGCCGGCACAAUGGGCCAAGCGGCCCAGCGUCAGCAACGCCUCCGGCUUCUCUCGGUCAUACCAGUCGAUCCCCUCCAGCUCGUACAACGAUAGCGCCCCGCUCCACUCACCCACCUUCUCGCACUUCCGCAACUCCAGCAUCGAUACCCGACCCUCGACCGCGGAUGCCCGGUUACACGAGGACGACGAGGCGGAUCUGGCCGCGGCCAUCGGUCUCUGCAACUUCGGCACUCCCCGCACCGGUCCCGUGUCCAUGACUCCCGACGUGCCUCCCGUGCCCCCACUGCCCGCGCGCUAUCUCGACUCGAGCAGCCACCAGGACACCCAGAGCCCCUACUCGGCUCAAUCACGCCCCACCGUUGAGGCUGCUCGCCGAGAUUCCGAGGCCAACAUCUUCUUGUCCCGAUCGCUCAACCCGUCGCUUUCCUACAAGGUCUCGGAUGAGCGUGAGGUUCGAACAGGUGGCAAUGAGGCCCAGGAAUCUCGACAACGCCGCAAUGCCGAUGUGGACUUUGGCAACCGCUCGGCGCCAGCAGAUGACGACGACGACGGUGUCUUUGGCCGCAUGGAAGAGUAA